AUGAAGAACGCUAGCCCUCGCACGACGACCAGACGAACCCCCCCAGGGGGCCCUUCCGCCGCCGCCGGAGCCAUCGAGCUCAGAGAGGACCGUCUCGUGAUCCGGCUGCCUGAUUUCCGGCUACUCCAGCUCGUUGCCCGGUCGGUGCUCCUCAUCGCCGCCAUCCUCACCCUCCCCUGGCUCCGCGCCGUGCUCCUCUCGGCCGGAAUGCCCGCGGCUCCGCCGCCGGGCGCCGCCGCCCCGCGGUCUCGUUGGGUCGACGACCCGUUCUAUCUCCCAAUGCUUCUCCGCGAUCUGCAGCACCAGGGACUGCUCGGCGCCCGCGCCCGCGCCGUCUUCCUCGGGGACCCCGGCUCCCGGCUCCCCUUCUUGAAGCACAACCAGAUCGAGCCGGUGUCCUCCGACCGAGAGUGGAAAAUUCCCGACCGCUCCGUCGAAUUCGUGCUCGCCGCCGGUGACUUCAGCGAUGCCUCCUUCGAAUUCGUCGACCGGGUGCUGAGAGUCGGCGGCAUCACCGCAGUCCGAUUAAGCUCGGACCCGUCGCAUUCUUUCCACCUGCCGCCGAACUACAGAACGGUUUAUAUCCGGCGAUUCGGAUCCACCAUUGUCGCCAUAAAGAAGAUCGGCCGAGCCAGUAACGACAACGAUGAAAAUGCCGCUAAUUUCCAGGCCAGCAGAGCAGGGAGGAGACUGCUGGCGAUUUCGAAGGCGAAAGAAGAGACGCGGAACGAAUCGGAGGAUGUCUUGCCGGAGCCACCAUCCAAGAACGAGUCCGAGAAGCUGCGGAAGAGGGCUAAACACCUCCCGGAUCUGAUGGGCGACUCGCUGGCCGAGCACCCAAGACGGGUGUUUGUCGACGCCGGGCCGCCCGGGAGGACGGGGAGCGAGAAGUGGUUCCAGGAGCAGCAUCCAAAGGGGAAUUCGGCUUUCGAGAUUAUAAGGUUGGAUGCGGUGGGGAUAGCAAAGUGGCUGGCGAGGAAUGUGAAGGAAGAGGAGUAUGAGGUGAUGAAGGCUGAUGCAGAAGACUCCAAUGGUGGGGCUAAGAACGAAUAA